CUAAAAUGAUCUGCGCAUGCGUUUUCCCAUCUUCAUCAUUUGAGGUCUUAAGCCGUUCGGGUGACGAUGAGGGCUCUCUGUAUAUUUGCUUUGGUUGCUGUGGUUGGUCUGGUAGCAGGAGAGGAAGGGGCUCGAAUUUUGGCCUCCAAAUCUCUGCUGAACCGUUACGCUGUUGAGGGACGAGAUCUCACCCUCCAGUACAACAUCUACAAUGUGGGCACCAGUGCUGCUUUGGAGGUCGAGCUGUCUGAUGACUCCUUCCCUCCUGAAGACUUCGGCAUUGUUUCAGGAAUGCUCAAUGUGAAAUGGGAUCGCAUUGCUCCUGCCAGUAAUGUUUCUCACACAGUGGUUCUAAGGCCACUGAAAGCUGGUUACUUCAACUUCACCUCUGCUUCUGUAAGCUAUCUGGCCCAGGAGGGUGGACAGGUCGUGGUUGGUUACACAAGUGCACCAGGUCAGGGAGGCAUUCUCGCCCAGAGAGAGUUUGACAGACGCUUUUCUCCACAUUACUUGGACUGGGCUGCUUUUGGUGUUAUGACGUUACCAUCCAUUGGCAUUCCUCUGCUUCUCUGGUACUCCAGCAAGAGGAAGUAUGACUCUCCAAAGACCAAGAAGAACUGAAAUGUAUUAACAGGACAAACCCAGAUCAGGGAUCAUACUGUACAUGGGUUUGGGGAGGUAUAUUAUUGGAGGGGGAUUGAGAUUGUUUUUGAAUGAGUUACCCAUAUUGGGGGUACGAUGGUCAAUGAUUUAAUCUGUUUUUAAAGGAUGUUGGUCUGUCUUUAUCAGAUGAAUUUUGUUUGAGGGAUCUGAGGACUGAAGCAUUAUAAAGUGGGAGGAUCGACAGUGACCUACAUAUGGCCUCGUAUGCACAACCUUGUGUUUCUUUCGUAGUUGCCUAAAAGACAGAAGAAAAAAAAGUCUCUUCAUGAUAAAUGUGGGGCUGUUUUGUGAAAAUAAAUGGAGGGUUUUAA